CUCUACGUUGACAACACAAGUAAAAUGAAUGCCUGUCGUUUUUUGCAUUUCGUCAUGUUAUAAACAAAGUCCAGAUCAGUGCAAUGAUUGCAUUGCGGAAGUUUAGGCAGUGGUCAAGAGCGGUUGAAACCCCUCGAAACAUCAUCAUGGCUAAAAGCUCUUUUCACACGACCAGUGAUAACAAGGCAGAAUUCCGUGACCUGCUGCACAAAGCAAAAAACGUGGUUGUUCUUACAGGCGCCGGUGCAAGCGCUGAGAGUGGGAUUCCCACAUUUCGCGGCUCUGGCGGCCUUUGGAGAACUUUUAGAGCUCAAGAUUUAGCGACCCUUAAAGCCUUUCACAGGGACCCGUCAUUAGUAUGGGAGUUUUACAGUUACAGGCGGGAGGUGGUUUUAACGAAAGAGCCAAACAAGGCGCAUUAUGCGAUUGCAGAGUUUCAAAAGAAGUUGAGAAAUGAAGGGAAAAGUGUGACUGUCAUCACACAGAAUAUUGAUGAAUUACAUCAAAGAGCUGGGACGGAAGAUGUAAUAGAACUUCAUGGUGAGUGACCGUUUCGUUGACUAGAUCUUACAAUAUUUUAUCNNAGGUAUACUGUAACCUUAAGUAACGAUUUUACACUCAUUAUUUCAAUUUUGGUAUCCAGUGCCCCAGAUCCCGAUGCUCAAGAUGCUGAGAUUCCAGAGGAAGAUUUGCCUAGGUGUGAGCAGCCCAACUGUGGGAGCUUAGCCCGUCCCCAUGUGGUGUGGUUUGGAGAAAGCCUUGACCAUGGUGUACUGAAUGCUACUAAUGCAGCUUUAGAUAAGUGUGACAUGUGUCUUUUGGUUGGCACAUCAUCUGUGGUGUACCCUGCAGCAGGGUUUGCUCCAAUGCUGGCUAUGAAAGGCGUCCCAGUUGCAGAGUUUAACAUGGAAGAAACUCCAUGCACUGGAGAGUUCAGGUUUCAUUUCCAGGGUCCAGCUGGUGAGACUCUGCCCCCAUUACUUAAUGAAAAAUCAGUCUAAAUGGACCUUCUUUGACAAACUUGAUUUCUCCAUCCCAGGAUGGGUAGGAUGGUCGUUAUUUAACACAUAACAUGGUCUUAUUAGCAACAAACUGAGGACCACCAAAAUCAGGGAGAUCACUUGCACUAUGCACAUUUUCUACAAGGGUUUUGUUGAAAUCAGUAAGGAGUGAUGGCUAGCACAGGGGAAGUGAGAAUUUCAUCACUAGCAAAUCUAGGCCUGUUCAUACAGUGGGGAUGCCAAAAUAGUGGUGACAAAAGAAGAGGUCCAGGCUCCCCAACCAUUUCCUAGAUCUGCCAUUGGUUAUCUAGCCUGAAAUGAAAAGCCCCCAUGAGGAAAGAUAAUAAAGGAUAAUAAUAAUAAAGGAUGUCAGUCAUCUUCUGCCCUCAGCCUAAUCCCUGCAUGAGCAACACCUAAGUUCUGUGUGUUAUAAUUCCAUCUGGUGAUGUCACUUUAUUAUAAUGCUGAGAAUUUAGGUGCCUCUCGCGCGGGGAUAAGGCCGAGGUCAGGAGAUGACUGACAGGCUAGUUUACGCUACUGGUCAUCCCUAUGUGUCACCUUGCACAACAAAGUUUGGCUAUAAAAGGGAUGGUACCUCAUGUGUUUUAAACCUUUUGAGCAGAAAAUGCAAAUGAUUACUUUAGCAGUCAUGAAACGUGGAGUCAAGUGUCCUGCAAACUGAAUAAUUCAGCUUCAGGACAGAACCAAUGCCAAAAAUAUGAUAUAAUUUUACCAUGCCCAAAUACGCAAUUAGCCAAUCAGAAGACUGGCUGACCAGCCUAAUAAGGCAAGUUCUUGGCCAAAUUUGGUUAUGGUGAACACCUAAGCAUAGCUUUUUGGGUACACUUGGGCAGUGCAGUUGAGCCAACAUAUGAACUCUCACUUGACCAAACUUGCUUGUUAUGCUGCCAAAGUGUACCAAAAAGGUAUGAUUAGAUAAGUAUUCUUGGUAAAAUUAAACACAAUUCAGCAACUCUUGUAGAAAAUACAGAGGUUCUUUACCAGCUAUUUACAGUUUGAUGGCAACUGACAAUCGGGCGUCAGAAUGGUCAGACCCUGCCAGGUCCCUUCUAUAACAGAACUUCUUGUUGUUUAGGGGAAGUUAAAAAAAAAGUAAAUAAAAUAAACUCACAAUCUAUUCAUUUUAUUUUUAUUUCCAAGAAAGUCCAGUCAUUUCCAGCUAAGUAUGAUAUAGAUAGCUACAGAUUUUUGCUUUGAGGUAAAAAUCAUAGCAAAGAAAUGUAUAUCUAUGCAGGUAUUAAAGUUUGUAAGACAUGUCACAAGUUUGUUUCUAUUUUACAAUGGAGAUUGUUUACUCAUUUUAGUAGGUUUAAAAAUAUAGCUAAAAUAAUUAUUUGUACUUAAGUCUCUUUGUUACCUUGAAUAUCACAAUGCAAACUUUACGAUUUGUAAAAUGGUUGGAGAUUAUAUCAUAAAGUGUCUCGCACUCAAUCAUGGCACUGCCGUGAAAGAUACUGACUCUGUCAUGAAGGGUAGUUAUUCCAUAACUGAACAUAGACCGUUAUUUUGAUCACAUCCUGGAAUAGCUAUAAUUAUUAUCAUGAAAUUGUAUUUCUUCUACUUGUAGUUAAUAAAACUGGAUUGAAAUAACAAGACAUUCUUGGUAACAAUAUCACAAUGAUUGAUCCGCAUUCAGGAAACAUUGAAGGUGGCACGUAUUCACCACCAGCACAUUUUGAAAAUAUAAUUAGUGCAAUUUUAUUAAUGGCAAUUAAAUUACACUGGCUUUGCCUGAAUGCUUAAAACAUGUAAUUUUUAUUUGGUUUUCCUGGCUUUUAUGUAUUGUCAUGUUUCUGCUUCUUUUUGUUAAAAUAAUGUUUCUCUUUUCUCUGUCAAUUUAACAUAUAGCUUAUAUUUCACAUUCAUUUUCACUGCAGACAUGUUCAGCUUGUAGUAAAACUGUAUUUUGACUGUGAUUGAACAGAUUGUCAUUCUGGCCCUUGCAAUGACUGGUAAUACACAGUUAUUUGUCAAACAUAUAAUUAGUUGUAAGUAAAUAAAAACAAUAUGGCCAGUUCAAAAACUUUGCCCAUAAAUAUUGCAAUGUUUAGAGACAAAUAAAUGUUGGAGAAAUUAUUUGUUGGUCUAUGAAUAUGAUCCAGUCUUGACUGAACAUUGUUCCUCUAAUCCUGAAAAAUAAUCUUAUCCACUCUAACAUAAUUAUCAAUCAAGUCUCUUGGCAAAGUCAUGCCACUGUUAGGAUGUAACCAUUUUAGCCCUUAAUUGAUCAGUCUCUUGUUUCUUGUAAAAAAAAACAAA